CAAAAUAACGGUGAAAUUUUAAGAACUGAGCGUAAAAAUGUAAAUACAAGCAAAACGCGAAAGUUAGACAAAAGAACAUAAUAAUUAUUUCCUCACAUGUAAAUUAGUCACAGAAAGGAAAACUCGACACAGUUUCCUUUAAGUUAUGGAAACAAUGAACAAACUUUCUUCGAGAAAAGAAUUUACGAAUGCCACACACCCGACCAAUACUUAUUUAUUAACGGGAACGCAAACCGCACAGUUCGGUGCUCGGGAAAACUGUAAAAUAUAUUUUUAACACGCCAAAAGUUGUUCAACUCAAACAUUUCAUAUUUACCCGCACAGUUUAUUAUAAAACUUCUCGAUAUCAAUUUUGUUGCUCCAUAAUUUUGUAUUACAAAAACGACUGUCAACUGUCAGAAUUUAGGAGCACAGAUUAAACAAAUUUUAAAUUAAAUACAGAUUAAAUAUAGAAUUGUAGUCGUUCAGCCGUCAAAAUGUUGAAGAAAGUUAUCGUCGUUUUAUCGUUGUUGGUGUGUUGUUAUUGUUUGGAAAAUAACGAACAAUUACCGGAGGAGGCGAGAGCUAAGAAAAAGAAAGGAUCUUUAAGGCUUUUGGCAAUCCUCGCACUAGUAGUCCUAUCAAAGCUAGCAGUAAUCAAGGUGGCCUCAUUCUUCUUCCUCGUGGCCUUCUUCCAGAAGAUGUUCUACGCCGGAGGCCUACUCCUCAGCUACUACAUGAAGAACCAGUCUUCUCCAUCCGCUCCCACCAUGAUGUACGGGCCUCCUCAGGAGUAUAAUACCGUGGGGUACAGCUAUGAACCGGCUGAUCAUGAGCCCUUCCAAGCUCCAGAGUCUUUACCCAGCAUUGCAGAUGUCAGUAAUGGGAUUAGUUGGUUGUUUAAUAAGAACCAGUAGAAGUAAAGAUAAAAAAUUGACGAUUAGGAUAGUUGUAAUCCUUACUAAAUCUGCAUGUCUGUCCGUCAGGCAUUUGUGCUAUAACUUCUAAUACGAAUUUAAUGUUUGGUACAUUAAAAUCUACUAUAUUAUAGUCUAAAACCUGAGAAAGAACCUAAAUAGCUACAUUUUAACACUCCGGAAAGAAAUAUCUUUGAUUUUUUGGAUAUUUUACAUAACAUUGUCCUAACUAUGUGCCAUAAUCAUGCUUAGGUAAUAUUAUGAAGGUUUACCUUUGUAUAUUAAAACCUUUUAAAACACGAACCUCUUAUAUUGUUAAAAUGUAGUAAAAUUCACAUAAUGUGCCAUAUCAUAAUUGUUGUAAAGUUACAGGGCAAACUGAAAAUAAUACGUGUAUUCGUCUGUAGUUCACAAAACUGUACGUUUUAAACUAUUGCUAGUCAGUUUGAAAUACUUUUCAAUCUGUUUUACUUUUUAACUUGCAUGUACCUUUUAAGUGUAACCUAGUUUAGUUACUUAAUUUAUGUUAACUUAUUUCAU